GGUGGGGGGGGAGAGAGAUGCCAUGUCACAAGGUGGGAGGGUUUUGUGACGGGGUUUACUUACCACUUGAGGUGACUGUGGCAGGAGUUGAGUCUUUUGACACACUGAUCGCUGAAAUUUCUACCCUUUACCACUCGGCCACCUGCCGAAAGCAAGGCUGACCAGAGAGAAUGGAAACCUUCAGCUCUCUGCUUUCCCCUUUGCGCAGACAGAGAUCAUCGCGCAACUCCGUCUCCAUCUACCGCAAGGCCGAGCUCAGCGAGGAGAACCCCUCGGAUAUGACGAUGGACAUGGAGGAGGAGGUUAAGCCCUCCCAGGUCAAUGACCUAACCGCCAUGCUCAAUAAGGACCCUCAGAGUAAGAGGAGAAUCCUCACCUACCUGCUGCUUGUCAGCCUCCUCCUCUUCCUCGUCGCAUUCCUCCUGGGAUAUAUUACCUUUCGGAAAAGCUGCAAGUCCUGCAUGGAGAUGGAUUCGGAAUGUGCCACCACAAUGAGCGAGGACGAGUCAGACUAUCAGAUCUACGUGCCCCAGGAGAAAGAGCUGUACUGGGAUGACCUCCACACCAUGCUGAAGAAAUACCUGGACAAGCAGGAGAUCGAAGACAACAUCAGGAAGGUGAGUGAGUUCUCCCACCCGUCAGGCUCCGAGCAGCAGGUGGUCCUCAGCCGAUACGUCUACCAGAAACUACAGAGUCGCCGUCUGAACCAUGUGUGGACCGACUCCCACUAUGUCAACCUGCCCUUCCCCAACAGGUUGUCACCAAACUUUGUGCAAUUGGUGGAAGGUAACGAGACCCGAGAGUUGUUGGAGUUGGAGGACGAGGAGGUUUACUGCGCGUACAGCGCACAGGGCAAGGCCACGGGAGGUCUGGUGUACGCAUUCUACGGCCGAGAGGAAGAUUAUAUCAGAUUGGAUGAGAUGAACGUCACCGUGAAGAACAACAUAGUCAUUGUGCGCAUCGGCCAAACCUCCUUCGCAGAGCAGGUUGCUGUAGCCCAGAAGUUUGGGGCUGUGGGAGUCUUGAUCUACCCCGACCCUGAGGACAUCCCCCAGUCUCCCAGGGGGGUCGGGAUCCUUGCCAGCACGUCCUUCAACGGACACGUUCACCUCGGCACCGGGGACCCCUUCACCCCUGGAUUCCCCUCCUUCAAUCACACCCAGUUCCCCCCGGUCACCUCCUCGGCUCUGCCCAAAAUCCUGGCACAGCCCAUCAGUUCCAAGAUCGCCAAGAAACUUAUGAAUAAACUGAGUGGGCGACUGGCUCCGCGGGAGUGGAGAGGGCGUCUUCCUUCAACCCUGUAUUACCUGGGACCCAACUUGAAGAGCCCAGGACUUCGGGUCCAGAUGGGAGUCAACAAUGACAUGAAAUCAACGAUGAUCUACAACGUCUUUGGCUCCAUCGAAGGCUUGCAGGAGCCUGAUCGCUAUAUUAUCAUGGGGGCCCAGCGGGACGCCUGGGGCCCGGGGGCCGCCAAGUCGGGCGUGGGGACAGCCAUCUUGCUGGAGUUGGCUCACGCCUUCUCGGAGAUGACGAUGAACGGGUUCAAACCUCGACGCAGUCUCCUCUUCGCCAGCUGGGAUGCGGGCGAGUUCGGCAGUGUGGGGGCGACAGAGUGGCUGGAGGGUUACCUGACAAUGAUGCACCUGAAGGCUGCGGCUUAUUUCAAUUUAGACAGAGCCGUACUGGGUAAUGACAGGAUCGUGGCCCGGUCCAGCCCUCUGCUGCACAGUCUGAUUGAGACGGUUAUUAAACAGGUCGGGGACCCAAUGCUGAGUGGACAGAGUUUGUACGACCGAGUGAUGUUUCACGGCCACACUGAGUGGAUCAAAGAAGUGAUCGAGCCGCUGACUAUGGAGAGCACUACCUAUCCUUUCAUCGCCUUUGCCGGGGUUCCCGCUAUGGAGCUGAGCUUCAACGAGGUGAGAGAUAUCCCCAGGGGGUGAGAACCACAGGACACACAGUCACAC